GGAAGCGACCGCGCAUCGGAGCGGUUCCCUAAGAAACAUCUAUCCGUCAAUCUAUCAAACUUGUAACCGUUAAAAAUAAUUAUAAGAGAAUACCUUAAAAUAAAAGGUAGUUUUCGUUUAAAAUAUCCUUAAUUGUGAACUAUGUGAUAAUAAGUGUUUUAAGAUAGUGCCUAUGUUAAUAUUUUUGAUGACGAGAACAGAAUAAGAGAACAAAACGGGAUACUAAAAGACAAGAGCUUUGUUUGACACGACAGUUGACGAAGACUAGAAUGCAAUUGUGAUUUUGAAUAUAUUAAAUUUUAAAAUAAUUAGAAAUAAAAAUGUCGACCAAAGACAUACAAGCUCAGACAAAUGGGGAUGCUGACAUACCUCAGAGGCGACCCCAACAUAGGGGAUGUUGUAGCAAAAUGUUAUAUUUUUUUAAAGUUUAUUGGAGAAGUUUUGUAAUAGUAUUAGCACCAAUAUUAUUAACCCCGGUCUUUCUUGUAAAUAAUGAACCGAAAUUCCGGUGCAUGUAUGUAGUUAUGUUAAUGUCUGCAUAUUGGGUUACGGAAGUUUUACCUCUACCAGUCACAGCUAUGUUGCCAAUGGUUCUAUUUCCAACAAUGGGAAUUCUGGGAACUGAUAGAACAUGUAUGAUGUACAUGAGAGAAACAAAUGUGAUGUUCAUUGGAGGCCUGAUUAUUGCCUUGGCCGUAGAACAUUGUAAUUUACAUAAACGUCUUGCCCUUAAAGUCAUCUCAAUCAUUGGAUGCAGUCAUAGAAGAUUAAAUUUUGGUCUAGUCGUUGUUACCAUGUUUGUCUCCAUGUGGAUUUCUAACACAGCUGCUGUAGCCAUGAUGUGUCCAAUUAUGCAAGCUGUUUUAGAAGAAUUGGAAACGCAAGGACUUUGUGAAAUGUACAUUAAAAAGAAGAGCACUCCAGAAUCCGAAGAACGUAUGCUGCAAAGCAAUGAAGCUACUGAUGAGCCCAAACGACCAUCCAAAACUACUUUAUGUUACUUCAUGAGCGCCGCAUAUGCAUCCACUCUGGGAGGUGUCGGAAGUAUUGUUGGUUCCGGAACCAAUCUCACAUUCAAGGGCAUUUAUGAAAGUCGAUUCCCAGACGCUCCAGGAAUCGAUUUUCCCAAGUGGAUGUUCUACAAUGUCCCUGGUAUGUUGAUCUUCACUUUCCUCACCUGGGUUUAUCUACAAUGGCUGUACAUGGGCAUGUUCAGACCUAACAGUGUUGAAGCCAAGCAAGCAACUUUAUCAAAAGAAGGAGAACGUGUAGCCCGUAGUGUAAUUGAAACAAAAUACAAAGAAUUAGGACCUAUGUCUGUCCAUGAGAAACAAGUAGGAUUUUUGUUCUUAUUGUCUGUAGCAUUAUUCUUUUUCCGUGCUCCUGGAUUUAUCACUGGAUGGGCUGAAGCUAUCACCGACACUAAAGUGAAAGAUGCAACACCAGCUAUUUUCGUUGUGAUCAUUCUCUUCAUGUUACCACAGAAUUUGGAUUUUCUUAAAUUCUGCAGAAGCAAAAAAGGCGAGAAAGGUGAAAUUGAACCAUUGCCAACUAAACCUGCCGGAGCUCUCAUUACAUGGAAGUAUGUUUUGGCUAAAAUUCCAUGGGGUCUUAUUUUCUUGCUUGGUGGUGGUUUUGCAUUAGCAGAAGGCAGCAAGGAAUCCGGAAUGUCAGAAUACCUAGGUCAAUGUUUGAUCGGCCUGAAACAACUGCCACCACUUUUGUUGCUCUUCGUAAUCUGUCUGACUGCCGAAUUUCUGACCGAGUUUUCAUCCAACGUUGCCAUUGCCAACAUCAUGUUGCCGGUUCUAGCAGAAAUGUCUGUAGCGAUAGAAAUGCAUCCUCUUUACUUGAUGUUGCCUGCAGCAUUAUGCUGCUCCAUGGCCUUCCAUAUGCCAGUGGGUACUCCACCGAACGCUAUCGCCGCCGGAAUGUGCAACAUAUCAAUAGGAGACAUGGCCAAGGCUGGCAUAGGACCAUCAAUCGUCACAUUGCUCGUGAUCUGGGCCAGUUUCCCAACCUGGGGCUCCGUUGUCUACCCCGAAUUGGUCACCUUUCCCGCAUGGGCCACACCAAGAAACGUUACAGCAGGAUUUUAAAAAGACUCAUUCGAAACUCUCUCAAGUACAAUAUCGUUUGAGAUUAAAUAUAUAAGUAAAUUAUUGAUCACAAUUAUGGCAUAGAUCCAAAG